AUGUCUGGUCGCCUUGGUAAAGUUGUUCUAGCUCUGCCAUCAAUUAUAGACAUUCUGCUUGCUGAAUGUUCUGAUAAUGGUUUGUUUUUCAACGUAACCAAACAACACAAACCAACUGUAAACGUUUUCUUUCAGAGCAAGAAAAAUAAAGAACUGCUUAAACCAUCGUGUGACCGGCUCUCACCAAAUAGAACAAAAACUCAAAUUAACAUUCUGACCCGAGGGUAGGACAGAUGUAAUCACCGUUGCAGGAUGACAAACAUUCACAAGGAAAUUGUCCCUUAUUCGCACGCCAAUUUUAAAACUAAAUGUCUAUGUACGUUGAUCUGAUUAAGGAGGGAACACUAGGAAAUAAUAGCGGUCAUUGGUGUUACAUCUCAAAGCAAAUUCUCAAGCCUGUCUUCGACCGUUGUUUUCCUCCUCUCUUGACCUAGUUUAUCGCUUUCUUUUGUAAACUUUCCCUCUUCUAUUUUCUUGGGUGAUAGAGUCAAGAGGAGUAUUGCGCAAUCGUGCCUAGACGUAACCUGACUAAAAACAUUCAAAGCUCGGUAUAUUCUUACUUUGAAUGUUAUUUGCACUAAAGUCGUGCAAAAAGGCGGGAUCAUUGACUUUCUUAUUAGGUAAGUAUAUGUACGUAAACUGAUUAUUUUGUCUUCUUGAUUCUGGGAAACCCAUCUUCCCAUGACGUUAAAACUAAUUGAUUCCCGACCGCCUUCAAUACUCGCAACAUUCUAAGCGAGACGUGUUUACUCCUUAGCGUGUGCUGAUCCAGCAAUCAAAUUGCACCCAGACAUCCAAUAUCACGCAUCGAUCAGUGCCCGAUAAUAGGAAAGUAACUUUGUCCUAGUAGGGGCACUCGCCAAGCUGUCGGUGCUUUAGAAAACUAUCACUGUAGGAUAGAAUUUGGAGAACAAAAGUUGGCAGAUGGCUCGGUGCCUUCAUCAUAAAAUUGUAUUCAUUCCAAAAAGUACUCAAAAAGAAAUCUCGUUUACAUUUCAUUACUGUCCAAUAUUUUGAAGUGCAAUCACCUUUCAAAGUAAUAUAAUGUAAAGCGUAGCAGACCAGCGUCUUAACAUUGCAUUUGCGUUUAGGAAAAAUGGGGUGUUGUUUUGUUAUGAUAGCGAAUGCGGCUAUCAUUCUUCAAUACACCUAUACAAGUUCAGCGCAAAAACAUGAACAGUAGGUUCAGUUACUUUAUAUUGACAAAAUCGCAAUUUAAAUAAAUAGUCAACCACCUAGUUCUCUCUGUGACUUGAAUAAAGCCCGGCUCAAGUGAAUCGGUUGUGGUACAACACGCGACUCGGUUGUUCCAUAGCCAAGCCAUCACGUUCGCUGUGCCGUAAUGAAAAGUGUAUCUAUUGAAUGCACUUCUGUAAAGGAAGAUCUGGGGAUUAUGCUGAGCGAGUUGGUUCUAAAUUUGAGUAUUUUUAAAGCUACAGUAGGUAUGCUAAUUAAGUGAUAAAUCCUAGAGGGUAGCAUAAAUCUGUACCCAAAGGAUUUACAAGUCCCCGCAAAACGCUGGUGUGGGGCUGAGUGCCUUUUUGUUUCUUGUUUAAUUAUUAGGCCAUACAGGAUGGAACCAGUAGCUGAAAUUGUUUAGGUUCAGCAUUCUUUAUUAAAGGAACAGAGGAGGCCUUUCCUGUGUGGGUUCCCGGUUUGUUAAGCUGUACUAUCGUAAGGAAGUUCUAAGGCUUCUAAGUAAGUGUGAUGCUUCAACCAGAAGUUGUUGAACUGCGCUUCCCCGUUGUACUAUUUAAAUAAUUCAUCAUCUACAAGAAGGAUCGUCAAUAGUGUUUAAACAGAAACUUCAAUUAUCCUUUAAAAGAAACCCGUUGUCCAGUCUUACUGUAAUACUACAAGAUGAAAGGUUAUUUUUAACUUUUAAACAACAAUAAAUAAAACCCAUUCAAACGGGACCUGAGCAGAACUGUUCACGAGUACUGUUUACUUUUAACAACUGAACAAGGCGUCGCUCACUUUUGAGUCAAAUUGGACCAUUUUUGGGCAGGCUUACUAGAUUCUUUCAUUUUAUUCUACAACUAUUGAGCAAGGUCGUUCUAAAACCUAACGAAAUUUCGUUCUUUCUUCGUGUGUGAUUUCUUUUAAAUCAGAGUUAUUUCGUUGUGUUCUCCCAUGUUCACUGGUCUAUUCACUCAUGUCGCAUAAUCCGGAUGAUUGUAGCCCGUGGAAAAAACUUCAAAAAAGAUUCAAAAAUCUCUCCUUGAGUAAAUAAAAGCCUAUUCUUGUAACUGAUAUAUUAUUAUCAGUUGGUUUUAAACGGGUGCCCGUAAGAUUUGAUAAUUCAAACCAGAGGGCCACGAGUGGCUCUUUCCUGAAGUGCUAUGAAUUUUUAAGAUUGUGAAUAUGUUUAAGGUGGGUUUCAGGUUGAAAUCUUUGAAUGCUGAUUCAGGUUUCUCUUCCAUUAGUGCAAAAUUGAAAUAGCCAUACGUUUCGUGCCUCUUUUAGUUCAGGUAAAACGGUUGCAGUCAGACUAUAUUCACCGUGUUGACUCGGUAAUCAAUAUGUGGUUAUUGUUUAUCAAAAUAUCAUUUCAUUAGCUAAUGUAAGAGUUAACCCUUAAUGACAAACAUAUAAAGGCUUUCUCCUCCUUUUUAACUUUUUUGCUUGCGGAAAACAAUCUGAAAUAGGGAAACUCUGGAUCCAAGGGAAAUAUUAGGUUAGCUUUGAUCCAAGUACAAUGCUGCUGAAAGCUGACUGUAAUUAUCACAUUAAAAUGUGGCGAAGUAGAGGUUUUUAUUUAUGUUACUAUUUGAAAAGAAGAAUAAAAAAUUACUAAGUGACUUGUAAUGAAAGUAUUUAUCAAGAUCAGACUAUCUAUACGACACGGAUGUGCCGGCAAGGGGUGUGAAAAAUAAACAUUGCUCACCCGUUUAUUUCAAUGCCAUGAACUUUGUUUAUUUAAGAAAAUACAACAGGUGUAUUGAAACACAGCUACCUCAAGAUGGUGAGGACCAAAAACGUUUAUUGCUGGAAGGUUGGUUGGGAAUAAUUUAAUAGUAAUUCACCUUGAAAUAGGCAUAGAAAAUAGAUAUCAUCUUGAUGUACAAGUCUGUGUGUGCAUGAUCCAGUUUAUUUAAGUUCAGUCUUUUUAUUGUCCAAGUGUAACUUGAAAAACCUUUAUUUAAUAAAACAAUACUACAAAAUAAAAAUACUUUCUGCCUUGUACUUUUCCAGAAAAUACGUUCAUUUUAGAAAUGUAUUAGUUUCGUUGAUUUCUUGUGGGUGGGCCCGAUCUUGGCGAACUGGGAGAGCUUACUAUUGAAGGUCAAAUGUCGGUAUCAAAAAAGGAUCGGUUUGUUUUAAGGACAUAAUUAUAACUUUCUAGAAAUAACAAAUAAUACACAAAACGCUUUUUAUUCACAGCAACUGCACUGCAUGCGUAUCACAGUCAAUUUCGCCAAUGGGUUGAGGUCCAUAUAACACAUCUUUCAAUAUUUAUUCUUGGUAUAAGUAUACAAUUUAUUAAAGCUGAGGGCUUAUAAUUUUUCUAAAGAAUUUUUUCCUAUGACUUGGGGGCACAGUUUCUGGGGGGUUUCACUUAUCGUGUCCACAGUUACAAAAAUAUCUCGUCUUUUUCUUAGAAUUCCUCUAAACAUGCACCCAGGAGCCUAUUUUGAGUGGUUGUUGUGGGAUAGUUAUACUACUUUAAUAUUAAUAUAUAAAACUUCAUAUUCUCUGGCAAGCCUACAGCCGAUUGUUGAAAACUCUGGAGUUUCUCAUUGUGUUUCUCACCGAAAAAUAUAUGUUCAACACGGCUGCACUUAAAAAAUUAUAUUCUCUAGCUGAGACUACCUUUCAGUGAUAUGGGUGAAACUGUUUGUGUAGCUACGCCCUGUGCUCUAGCCUCUUUCUAAUACGCUAUCAUUCUCCUGUUCAGCCCUGAANGUGCCUCUUUUAGUUCAGGUAAAACGGUUGCAGUCAGACUAUAUUCACCGUGUUGACUCGGUAAUCAAUAUGUGGUUAUUGUUUAUCAAAAUAUCAUUUCAUUAGCUAAUGUAAGAGUUAACCCUUAAUGACAAACAUAUAAAGGCUUUCUCCUCCUUUUUAACUUUUUUGCUUGCGGGAAAGAAUCUGAAAUAAGGAAACUCUGGAUCCAAGGGAAAUAUUAGGUUAGCCUUGAUCCAAGUACAAUGCUGCUGAAAGCUGACUGCAAUUAUCACAUUAAAAUGUGGCGAAGUAGAGGUUUUUAUUUAUGUUACUAUUUAAAAAGAAGAAUAAAAAAUUACUAAGUGACUUGUAAUGAAAGUAUUUAUCAAGAUCAGACUAUCUAUACGACACGGAUGUGCUGGCAAGGGGUGUGAAAAAUAAACAUUGCUCACCCGUUUAUUUCAAUGCCAUGAACUUUGUUUAUUUAAGAAAAUAUAACAGGUGUAUUGAAACACAGCUACCUCAAGAUGGUGAGGACCAAAAACAUUUAUUGCUGGAAGGUUGGUUGGGAAUAAUUUAAUAGUAAUUCACCUUAAAAUAGGCAUAGAAAAUAGAUUACAUCUUGAUGUACAAGUCUGUGUGUGCCUGAUCCAGUUUAUUUAAGUUCAGUCUUUUUAAUGUCCAAGUGUAACUUGAAAAACCUUUAUUUAAUAAAACAAUACUUCAAAAUAAAAAUACUGUCUGCUCUGUACUUUUCCAGAAAAUAUGUUCAUUUUAGAAAUGUAUUAGUUUCGAUGAUUUCUUGUGGGUGGGCCCAAUCUUGGCGAACUGGGAGAGCUUACUUUUGAAGGUCAAAUGUCGGUAUCAAAAAAGGAUCGGUUUGUUUUAAGGACAUAAUUAUAACUUUCUAGAAAUAACAAAUAAUACACAAAACGCUUUUUAUUCACAGCAACUGCACUGCAUGUGUAUCACAGUCAAUUUCGCCAAUGGGUUGAGAUCGAUAUAACACAUCUUUCAAUAUUUGUUCUUGGUAUAAGUAUACAAUUUAUUAAAGCUGAGGGCUUAUAAUUUCUCUAAAGAAUUUUUUCCUAUGACUCGGGGGCACAGUUUCUUGGGGGGGUUUCACUUAACCGUGUCCACAGUUACUAAAAUAUCUCGUCUUUUUCUUAGAAUUCCACUAAAUAUGCACACUGGAGCCCAUUUUGAGUGGUUGGUGUGGGGUAGUUAUACUACCUUAAUAUUAAUAUAUAAAACUUCAUAUUCUCUAACAAGCCUACAGCCGAUUGUUGAAAACUCUGGAGUUUCUCAUUGUGUUUCUCACCAAAAAAUAUAUGUUCAACACGGCUGCACUUAAAAAAUUAUAUUCUUUAGCUGAGACUACCUUUCAGUGAUAUGGGUGAAACUGUUUGUGUAGCUACGCCCUGUGCUCUAGCCUCUUUCUUAUACUCUAUCAUUCUCCUGUUCAGCCCUGAACGGCUUACUGUUCAUGGUUAGUUGAACUUGCUCUGACUUAAAUUGUAAGUUGUAAAAUUCUCGCUCUCCUACCUGUCACUGCUCGACAUUAUCAUUACUGCUCGAAGCACUCCUCUCUCAAGACUACUCUCCUGUUGCCUCCAUUCUGAAAUAUACUUCUUUUUUCUAGACUAUACAACAGUUUUUUCCCUCAGAGACUGGCAUUAAUCUUCAGCUAUAUUACAGUAAUUACUCUAGAUUUCAAACCAUAUCUCACUUAACUAUUGAGUAGAUUUGUUGCAUUUGGAACAAACUGUUGGAAGUGUUGUAUACAUCACUCAGUCUUGAAACUAAUGAUCAGGUCUUAGAACGAGUGAAAUAAAGACUCUGUUAUCAUACGUUAUCCGGACGAUUCUACUCCACCAAUUUCUCAUUUUACUGCAGAAUACAAAACUUUACACUGUCUAUUUCUCCCGCUUCUGUAUGGGGCUUUUACCUCUCUUUGCUACGACUUGUCCUCAUUAAAUCAGUGAGGCACUUUCUCGAACUUCCAUAUCAUUCUGGAGGUUCUCAGUAUACUUUUCAUUUUAACACAACUAGUCGUUCCUUUCUGAGGCGAAUGUGGCAGUAAGUGUGUCUUUCUAACUCUCGGGUCUUUGGAUUGAAAUGAAAUUUUCAAAUGGAAUUAUCUGUUGACAGGAUUUUACAAUAAGAAUGCUAGAUUUUUCAUAUCUCUGAAAGCCUGUGCACUUUCCACUUUUCUCCAAGUAUAGUACUCAGUGUUCCUUUAUCAAACCCUUUUCUUGUAGUAUUCUCCAUAAUAAUUGUCCCAAACAAAGCUAUUUCUUCCGUGUUGACUCGGUAAUCAAUAUGUGGUUAUUGUUUAUCAAAAUAUCAUUUCAUUAGCUAAUGUAAGAGUUAACCCUUAAUGACAAACAUAUAAAGGCUUUCUCCUCCUUUUUAACUUUUUUGCUUGCGGAAAACAAUCUGAAAUAGGGAAACUCUGGAUCCAAGGGAAAUAUUAGGUUAGCUUUGAUCCAAGUACAAUGCUGCUGAAAGCUGACUGUAAUUAUCACAUUAAAAUGUGGCGAAGUAGAGGUUUUUAUUUAUGUUACUAUUUGAAAAGAAGAAUAAAAAAUUACUAAGUGACUUGUAAUGAAAGUAUUUAUCAAGAUCAGACUAUCUAUACGACACGGAUGUGCCGGCAAGGGGUGUGAAAAAUAAACAUUGCUCACCCGUUUAUUUCAAUGCCAUGAACUUUGUUUAUUUAAGAAAAUACAACAGGUGUAUUGAAACACAGCUACCUCAAGAUGGUGAGGACCAAAAACGUUUAUUGCUGGAAGGUUGGUUGGGAAUAAUUUAAUAGUAAUUCACCUUGAAAUAGGCAUAGAAAAUAGAUAUCAUCUUGAUGUACAAGUCUGUGUGUGCAUGAUCCAGUUUAUUUAAGUUCAGUCUUUUUAUUGUCCAAGUGUAACUUGAAAAACCUUUAUUUAAUAAAACAAUACUACAAAAUAAAAAUACUUUCUGCCUUGUACUUUUCCAGAAAAUACGUUCAUUUUAGAAAUGUAUUAGUUUCGUUGAUUUCUUGUGGGUGGGCCCGAUCUUGGCGAACUGGGAGAGCUUACUAUUGAAGGUCAAAUGUCGGUAUCAAAAAAGGAUCGGUUUGUUUUAAGGACAUAAUUAUAACUUUCUAGAAAUAACAAAUAAUACACAAAACGCUUUUUAUUCACAGCAACUGCACUGCAUGCGUAUCACAGUCAAUUUCGCCAAUGGGUUGAGGUCCAUAUAACACAUCUUUCAAUAUUUAUUCUUGGUAUAAGUAUACAAUUUAUUAAAGCUGAGGGCUUAUAAUUUUUCUAAAGAAUUUUUUCCUAUGACUUGGGGGCACAGUUUCUGGGGGGUUUCACUUAUCGUGUCCACAGUUACAAAAAUAUCUCGUCUUUUUCUUAGAAUUCCUCUAAACAUGCACCCAGGAGCCUAUUUUGAGUGGUUGUUGUGGGAUAGUUAUACUACUUUAAUAUUAAUAUAUAAAACUUCAUAUUCUCUGGCAAGCCUACAGCCGAUUGUUGAAAACUCUGGAGUUUCUCAUUGUGUUUCUCACCGAAAAAUAUAUGUUCAACACGGCUGCACUUAAAAAAUUAUAUUCUCUAGCUGAGACUACCUUUCAGUGAUAUGGGUGAAACUGUUUGUGUAGCUACGCCCUGUGCUCUAGCCUCUUUCUAAUACGCUAUCAUUCUCCUGUUCAGCCCUGAACGGCUUAUUGUUCAUGGUUUUUUAAACUUGCUCUGACUUAAACUGUAACUCGUAAAAUUCUCGCUCUCCUCCCUGUUACUGCUCUUAUGGCAUUACCAUCACUGCUCGACAUUAUCAUUACUGCUCGAAGCACUCCUCUCUCAAGACUACUUCCCUGUUGCCUCCAUUUUGAAAUAUACCUCUUUUUCUAGGCUAUACAACAGUUUUUUCCCUUAGAGACUGGCAUUAAUCUUCAGCUCUAUUACAGUAAUUACUCUAGAUUUCAAACCAUAUCUCACUUAACUAUUGAGUAGAUUUGUUGCAUUUGGAACAAACUGUUGGAAGUAUUGUAUACAUCACUCAGUCUUGAAACUUAUGAUUCAGGUCUUAGAACGAGUGAAAUAAAGACUCUGUUAUCAUACGUUAUCCGGACGAUUCUACUCCACCAAUCUCUCAUUUUACUGCAGAAUACAAAACUUUACACCGUCUAUUUCUCCCGCUUCUGUAUGGGGCUUUUACCUCUCUUUGCUACGACUUGUCCUCAUUAAAUCCGUGAGGCACUUUCUCGAACUUCCAUUUAAUUCUGGAGGUUCUCAGUAUACUUUUCAUUUUAACACAACUAGUUGUUCCUUUCUGAGGCGAAUGUGGCAGUAAGUGUGUCUUUCUAACUCUCGGGUCUUUGGAUUGAAAUGAAAUUUUCAAAUGGAAUUAUCUGUUGGCAGGAUUUUACAAUAAGAAAGCUAGAUUUUUCAUGUCUCUGAAAGCCUGUACACUUUCCCCUUUUCUCCAAGUACAGUACUCAGUGUUCCUUUAUCAAACCCUUUUCUUGUAGUAUUCUCCAUAAUAAUUGUCCCAAACACAGCUAUGUCUCUUAGUUACUUUCUCCUGUACCCCUCCUUUAUGGUACUUUUUAAAUUUUGCUAAUUUUAUUUACUUUUAAACCUCUAAUAACACUUUUCUACAUCCCUACCACUUCCAAACCUCCCUUGCAGCGCUUCUCAGUUUUGCCAGUACUUUCACGUCUCCGAGUACUGCUAUAGAGUGAAUUCAACGACUAGGUUUCUUCGACUCAUUUUAAUUUUUCUCUAUCAGUUAAUUAGCUGGAUCGAACAAAAAACUAAACUGAAACACUUUUCAUUUCUUCGCGCCCUUUUACACUGCUGUCACUUCUCAUAACUAACUGUGAACGUGAACAGUACACUACUUCGAUCGGUGCACUCUGUUUUGUCUGUGUUUGUUUUUUACUCAUAGCAUAAUAGUGCUAAUCGCUGUAGUAAGUGUUAACAUCGUCAUUUCCAACCCGUCACUUCAUGAGUAA